AUGUCCUUCGAGAUCCCGGGCAAGCGUAUCUUGUCCAGUGCGCAGUUGGCUGCGUUUCAAUCGUCUGUUACUUACAAUACCCUCGUAUCGUACAUCGAGGCUCUGAAUGCUUCUGUGGUGGGUGUGAAGCUUACUGAUCCUUGCUCAGAAUCUCUAGGAAUCAAGGCCAUCCUCCACUUGUUAGAUCGAACAGAACAACUAGCUCGUGAGACUCCCCCAGUCGAGAACAAGGCAUCGAGAUUUGGCAACCCUGCUUUCAGGUCGUUCUAUGACAAAGUACAACAACUGGCGCCAUCGUUGCAUGCCGACGUCCCUAACCUAGAUCAAAAUGCUAUUCCAGAAUUAUCCACAUAUUUUACGCAGGCUUGGGGAAAUCGAGAACGCAUUGACUAUGGGAGUGGUAUGGAAUUAAAUUUUAUCUGCUGGUUGGAAUGCCUGGAGCACCUGCAAAUUGUCGCGGCAAGCGAUCAUACUGCGCUGAUUACUCGCGUAUUCUGGAGGUAUAUCCAAAUUAUGCGCGUGCUUCAAUCGACGUAUUGGCUAGAACCCGCUGGAUCCCACGGCGUUUGGGGUCUCGACGACUAUCAUUUUUUGCCUUUCCUCUUUGGUUCUGCGCAACUACGAGGGCACAAGUUUGUAAGACCAAAGGCAAUACAUGAUCACGAGAUCGUAGAUGAACUAUCGAAAGAUUAUAUGUACUUCUCUUGCAUAAAGUUCAUCAACUCCAUAAAGACAGCGUCACUUAGAUGGCACUCGCCGAUGCUGGAUGAUAUAUCAGCCAACUUGGGAAAAAGUCAACUUCGGCAUGAUAAGAUGUAUCAAGCAGAAGUUUUAGGAAAGCUCCCUGUCAUUCAACAUUUCCUGUUUGGAUCCAUUCUUCCAUACGAAGGACCUCCCGCUUCUGAUGAAUCACAUCGUGGUGACGGUCAUGUACACGAAGGAUGGGGUGACUGUUGUGGCAUACCCGUACCCAGUGCAUUUGCGGCAGCCCAAAAGGAACGAGAGCCGGGAAAGGGGAUUGAGGGUCCAGGUAUUCGUCCGGUGCCGUUUGAUUGAAUGUGGGAGAGUGUUUCCCCAAGUCACGACAGAGCGUCUCUCGCACACCGUCAGUACUCAUGAAUGAGACAGUUACACAGUAUCUGACAUAUACAUUCAUGUGUCGAAGUUCGUGCUUAUGUAUAAUCCGUGUGGACCCAGCCAAGAAGGCGCUCAGCUUUACUACAGUCGUAGAAUCCUUUCGCGCCGCUCUCGACCCAGCCAGGUUUUAUAGGCACGUCUGGGAAGUACUCCCCUUUUAGUUCCAGCCACUCCUCAUCAGCGGCUAGCU